UUGAGAACGUGGAGAGAGUGGCUUGGGAGUGGGAACCAGUCCAAGGGAAAGGGACUCGAGUGAAUAGGGAUGUUCGCUGCCCUUGAUUUGCUUUUGUCCGAUUUCAUCUGAUUUAUCCUUCCAUUUAUACAUCUAGAAUUCCCAUCCAUUGCACCUUCCGUCGCAUCUUUAGCUCUGAAGAGGAAAGUCGGCACAAAAACUCGGACGAAUCCACCGCCCAUUUCCUAUCUAUCUUCCCACACCUGGACUCUUAGUCGCAAACCAGCUACUGGACCGCCCAGUGUCACAAUACAAAGCGGCAUCAUUCGAGUUUCAUAUAGCCCCAUACUUGUCUUUACUACGAUUAUUUCAGGACCCCCUCACGCCUUAACGUUGUAUACCGGUCCGACUUGACUCUUCCAACGGCGAAUAAACAAUCUCUUCCACCAUGCCAAUUCGGAAUCCCUUUGCGCGCCGACUUGGCGUUGCCGUGACCCAGGACGAGAACGUCCGCCCCGGUUCCAACGCUGGUAAUACCGACCUUGCCCAUGCUGGCUUCGAGAGGGUAAACACGGUCGGUUUUAGAGCCUCAUCGGCCUUCAACAUCCGCAGCAACAAGAAGGGUCAAGAUACUGGCGAUUACAAGAUGAGUGUGGUCAAUGACAGUGGUGUAUACUUGCCGCCCUCCCCCGUCGAGAAAGAAGCGAUUUGGCCCAGGAAAUACCUGUCGCGCAACUCUACGGAAACAAAGACUGCUGUUCCUGAGAUUGAACACUUUUCCAUCUCGAGAGAGUCCUUUGACUCCUAUAGGAGGUCUUUUGACAUAUCUGCGAAGAGCCCCGUAUCUCCAACCGCCGGCGAAUUCACUUUCGCACCGCGCCAGAGUCUCGAUUCUGCUAGGUUCCCACGCACGCCGCGACAGUCGGUUUUUAGUGAGCACCGUUUCAGGCGGGACUUCUCUACUCCGGAAGAGAGCUUCGAAGAAGUCGGCCUCAACGACGACAAGCAACAGGCCCAGCCGGCCAAAAAGCGCGGCUUCUUCUCCAAGUUUGGUUCCGAUGCCCCCGAAAACGCCACCCCGCUGAAAGAGAAGGAGAACGGGCAAGCCAUGUCGCGAUUCCUCCCCGGCCGGAAGCGGGGACAGAGCGGACAGGGGGCAGAGCUUAUGCCUGUCGCUGACCGACCAUCCACUGCCACCGCCUUGCAAGAACAGGAGGUGCAGUCAUGAUUUAUGUCAAGUAAAAUUCUCCUUCUCUUCUUUUUGGCUUAACAAAUUGGGAUGCGGAUAAUGCCGGGGUUGGCCAUGGUCAGGCUUUACCUACAUGUUAACCUGUGGGCUCUCGGCUGGAGGACUACGUAAUGAAGUCACGCACAAUGUUAGACCGCACAACUAGACGGACGUCACUCCCUCAUGGAGGAUGACGCAGGAUAUGGGAUUCUGGCUUUUGGGCGUUUUUGGGUAAUGAGGAUAUUGCUCUUAUGACACAGUAUAUACAGACAUGAUGGACAAGACUACAACUUAAUGAAUCGAGUA